UCUAAAUUGGGUAGGAUAGCACACAGGAGAAUGAGAUGUGAUGCCUCUUAGAAGGCGUCCUAAAUUUCCAGACGAGCAUCAUCGAUUCAAACCCUCUGCCACUAACUCAAGUUCAAUUGAAACCGAAUCAUCACCGCACAGUAGUAUACACUGUGUCAAACUCACCAAUAGCAAACCGGUAUUUGGUCAUUCGCCGGACAAGAAAGCGCCAAAUUAUCUGAUGGAACAGUAUAUGACACAGCCGUAUGAGCAAAACUCAUUUAAUGGUGAAGCAAAUUACGGCCAGAAUAUCGACCAAGAACAAUGGGAUCAGUGGCAAAGUCAAUGGCAGCAAUGGUAUGCCAUGCAGCAGCAGCAAUAUUCUCAAGGUCAUGAUUAUCAGACUAGUAAUAAUGUUACUAAUCAUAACCAACUAAAUGAUGAAAAUGACAAAAUUAAUGCGAAUAACCAAUACUGGUAUUCCAAUUCCAAAAACGGAUAUUCGAAUUCUGCCGGUGAUGAAAGUGAAGUCAGCAAUAUUUUGGAGCAGGAACAUUUCUCAUCAAAUCAUCAAUUAGCAUCAUCAGUAUCAGCAGAAACGACAAAUUCAUACCGUCCUAUUUCCAAUUCGGACUCAACAACAAGUCUAUUGUGCGAGCACAGACAAGCGACGGUAACGCAACCGUACGAAGCGCACUAUCAUUAUGCAUGUCCUGAUUGCGGAGGGUCAGGAUACUAUGAUGGUACUGGCAAGGUCUACUCUGAUCUUAGUUUUCUCAAUGGUGCGUUAAGCUCAGAAACUUCGGCAAGAAGUGAGGCUUCAGAGCCUUUAAAUCAAAAUUUUAAGAAGCAACCAGAAAACUCAGUAUCAGUUUCAACUACAAGUUCGAAUGAUUAUUCACUUAUAAAUAACCUUAACGGUACGUUGUCUUAUAGAACGCAAGAUAAUACGCAAUGUAAUCAAAUCACCUCAUUACAAAAUAAUAGUUAUUCAAACUCGGCGUGGGGAGGGGAAACGUCGACAAACACGGAAAAAGAAGAAAAUUUUGUUCAUCAAGAUAGCUGGUUGGGUUGGGGUAGCGGCUGGGAGUACCAAAGCUUUCAAAGGCAAGAAAAUGAGAGUUUUUAUGGCAGCAUGCCUCAAACGGAGAUUCGAUUAGAAGACCGGCGUCAGCUUCAUGAUUCGAUUCCACAAAAUGGCAGCGACGGUCGAAUUGAAGGCUUGACAGAAACUGAAAAUAAUCAAACUGAAUCUAUUAACGACAGCCUUUCUGAACAGUCGGAAACUUCUGAUAUACCUAAUAAGGAAAGUGUACACAAUGACUUGAAGUUGCCAAGUGGUGUCGUCGUUGAAAAUGACAACAUUGACGUGAAUUCAGUGAGUAGCGAGGCGUCAAAUGACUGCAAUGUCCUAACAGAACCCCUCUCGGAACCGAUUUCACAAAGCAGUGGGGGCGACCGGUCAAAUAACGAAGACACGGUGAAAAACGAAAUGGAUGUUUUCGAUCACAUCAAUUCUGAUUUCCAAGCUGCGAUCAAUAUGUACAGCUCAGAAUACCCGACGCCAUCUUAUGAGCAAACUUCUGUUCAUGAUCAUUCUCUGAGUAGAACUGAGCCCGACGUAUGGGAGAUAUCGCAAGGGUCUAAUGCUUUCGAAUCCACAUCAGAGCGAAAGUUGGAUACUUCCGGAAGUCAGAAUUUGAAUUCUGAGAAUCAUUGUGAAAGUAAUUUGGCAGCUGAAGUGUGGGGCUGGUCCAUGGAUUUCGACGAAUUUCACGCUGAACAAGUUGAAUUCGAGGCUUCAAAUGAAGAAGUUAACCCAGACAUUAAAGAAUCCAGCGAGACGAAUAAUAAUCUUGAACAAAACCACGAGCUGACAGAUAACAAUCUUGGAAAUCAAAUGCAACAAAACGAGAACCACUUUGAAAAAAUUCUAGAGCCGCCAAGAAUCGAAUCUUCUGAAGAUGCCAAACAAUCAAGAAACAGUGGAACUGUGGAGUCUGGUUUAAUGGCCGCGAGUGCAUCAGAUGAAAAUCUAACCACGCUAUGGAAUGACGGUGAAAUAUCCACUGCCAAUGAUGUUGAGAAUGUCCCAGCCGUUUUUGAACUUGAAAGUGUUCAGAGCUUUCAGAACCAAUCUGAUGACCUAAAUGUUAGCUCCUUUUCGAAUCACAACGUACUACCUGUAAGUGAGAUAGAAACUGAUGUCGAAACGCGUCCAGGAAAUGUGAAAAUUGAACCAAAAGCAAGUAGAUUGGAUCUCGAAGCAAGUUCCGAAUCUGAACCGUUCACUGUCGACACAGAAGGUCUAUUAGAUCACAAUGUCAUAAGCAUGUACACGGAGUGUAUUGGGCAAAUGAAGACAGUCUCACAGGUGUACGCUGAGAGGUACUACCAAUGGCAAGCUGCCCAUUACUGUCAAGAACACCCGAACCAGGAGACUGAAAACACGAAUUGUCAAGUCGAAUAUCAAACGCAACCGGCCUUCGAAUUCAACGGAGAUGAAGUCAAUCAAAAUGAGUACAAUGGGAGCGCUUUGAAAAAUUCCCAUGAGGGUUUGAGCGCAAGUGGCAGAAAUGAAAAUUGUGAAGUUGAUUCAGGUGUGAGUCUACCGGCUGGACCAGGAACUCCUUCAGAUGAUGGCGUAACCAUUGAAACCUCGGAGUCUGGAAAGAAAGUAGAAAGAACAGGGCCGAGGAAUGAGCAACCGGAUAUGACUACUGAGGAUUUAUGUGGAUCCAUCCAAGAUGCACAUGCGAAAGUGAAAGAUGGCAAAUCGGUCAGGGAGAACCUGCUUCCCGUCGGAGAUAACAAUGAUCUCACUCCAGAAACUACUCCGAGAAGUGAGCGCCAAGAAAAUAAUGACAAUGAGAGACUUAUCACUGAAAUUAUAACAGAGAGAAGAAUCCACUUCGAAGACGAAUCUCAAGACAGUAAAAGUGAUGAGAACUUAGAUUGUUCUUGGAAUUUCGACAAGUCAAAUGGCUCAGUGCAACUAGCCGAAGAAGUUAAGACUAACAAAGCUGACUCGACGAGUUAUACGAGUGAAGUAACAUUUUCAUCUAUUCCUACAGAGAACCCAGAACUCGUUAUUGGAGUUGAUUCAGUUCACACUGACAAGUCAUUCCACAUCCAAAGUUCGAUUCCAAAUCAGGCUGUGAAGCAUAAUGACUCCAGUAAGGACGAAUCCGCAGAAGUCGUUUCAGUUCAGUGGGAUCAGCACUUUUCUGAAAAUUUGAAUACGUGGUCUGAUUCUCGAACUAUUUUCCAAUCGGAAACUUCAAACGAAACCGAAAUCGAGUCUUCAGUGCAAAAUGUUGAAGCGGACAGGUAUUCUGGUUACUUUGAAGAGGAAGAUACGGCGAACGCUGAAGGUACCUGGAAUGAACCGGAAUGGAAUUUAGAGUACGAUUCAAGUGCUGAACAGAAAUCGUGGCUGGUUAAUGAAGACUACAGUGAUGCUCCAUUGGUCCAUGGUAAAAAUGAAGUUGAAUUGAAACCCGAAGAUGAAAUUGAAAUCGAGUUGACGGAUAUCAUUGAAAAGAACGAAUUUAAUCAGUACAGCUCAGAUUCCAUGAACACAGUACGAUUUGUUGAAGACGAAAAUCAGGAUGCAGGAGUUGAAGAGAGCUUCAAACAAAACGUCCCAGUGGAGCUACCUGAGUCUUCAACUGGUUGGGGAGAUUCUUACGAUUGGGAAACUAAUUUUGACGCAGAUGUAUCAGAGAGCUUGCAUCAAGAUACAGGAAAAGUCAGACUUACAAAUAACGAGGACGUCCAAUUCCUGAAGUCAAAUGUCGAUACUGUUCCUCAAUUUACCUCUGAAAAUGUUCAAAAUCAGAAGGAUACUCAAAUGACAGUUGCGAAUCAAGAACAUCAUGAAAAUCUGUUCCAGAGCAUUGAAGUGACAGAUAGUUGGAACGCGUGGGAAGGGUGGGAGGAACCUACGCUAUUUAGCAAUAAACAUACAGAUUUCUGGGAAUCAGAGGAGCAAAACGAGAUCAAAGAGAGAUCUAAAGAGGUCGAAACUCUUGGAGAUAUAUACUCCCCGCAUAAUUACCCAGUGAAUGCUGAAGUUGAAAGUUCAUACCAGAGCGAUGCUGCGUGGAACAACCCCACACUUGACGCUGCUUACGCUCAACUUGAAAGAAAUCCAAAACGAGAACUAGAAAUCGAAGCAGCUGAAGUACAACUGCAGUUAGGACAGGAUAUGCUUAAUACAAGCUGGGAAACAAAUGGUAUCAACGAAAUCAUUAGAAAUGAUGAUACUGCUACGGGUAUACAGGACAAAAGAAAUGUUUACAGCAAAGAGUGGCAAGAGCAAGGCUGGGACGAUGAAUCAAGUGCGAAUAAAAAAAUAAGUUCAACGUCUGGUUGGGAUUGGUCUGAAAGCGAGGAAAUUAAUGACAAUAAUGUUUCAAACAAAACACCAAGUGAUACAAUGGAAAAUUCCGGUAGCUUGAAAGAAAAUUUGGAUGAUAUAGUUAUCGACUAUGAACAGAAUUCAGCAGCUAACAAAAGCGUGAACGAAGAUGAAGAACCUGUGAACUCUUCGGCUGUGAUUGAAACUGGAGUGUUUCAGACUGAAACUGAACCAAUUCAAGGUGGUUCUAAAGUUCCCGAUUUAGACCAAACGGGUGUCGAUAUAUCAUCUGAAAAAGAGUUCAAUGGCUGGGAAAAUGGAUGGAACGAUGGCUGGGAUGAAGAGUGGAAAAGUAAUGAAAACGAGAAGGCAGUCAAAAUAGUCCCGCUAAACGCCGUUUCGGAUUUUGAAACCAAAAAUCAACAUCCUCUUUUGGUAAAUGAGGAUAAUACCUACGCAAACGAGUCACCCCAAAAUCUAAAUGAGCAUAGUCAGUUGAAUGCUGCACACAGUGAAGCAACGGGAAGUCAAUGGGAACUGCAAACUCCCGAGAACAAAGAUAAAGGAACAAUUGAAACCACGCCUUUGUCAUCAGUCCAACAUAUAAAACAUUUGCAGCCUGAAGUUGAAUUGAACAAAAGCAGUUUGCUGACAUCAAACGAAAGUGGCUCAAAACCAAUUGAUGUCAGGACACUGAAAAUAUCGCCAUCUUUUGCUCUCAGAAAGUCUUGCUCGAGACUUCCUGCCUCGAAACUUGUAUCGCAGACAGGACUUGAAAAAAUGUCGAAAUUUCAUUUCGUCAACAUUGAUUUUGAAGAAACGGAAGAACUGCUUAAAACUAACGGCACGGAAGAGCGAUCUAGGAAAAAGAGUUUGCCAGUUUUAGACGGAAGAAAAAGUUUAGGAGGCAGUGAUGAGAAAGUAUCAAAUGACAACUUAAAACCAAGUCACCGAAAAAGUGACAUUGGUGCAAUUAAACUUUUACCAGAUAAAGAAAAAACCAAACAGUUUCAUCAGAACGAUAACUUAAGAGCAGAAAGUUCUCAGGAAGACAUAAGUGUUAUGUCAACGUCGACUAAGGUUUCUCAGAAGAGGUUACCUGUUUCGAGAGAAAUAUUUGGCGAUUCUGGCAGCUUGAAUAACAGCAAUGAUAGUAUAACAAAACCAGUCAAUUAUUCUUCAAUACCGCCUAAAACAACUCCACAGCAUGAUGUCAAGAGGAGUACACAUGUUACACAUUCAGAGCAAUUAGUUGAAAAUGAACGUAAUAUCGAAGCGGUCCAAAACCAAAGUGAAAACUUACAAAACAGUAACAGUAGCAGUACUGAAAAUUUGUCAGCGAAGCCAAGAUCUCAACCUGUUGUAGCCACAGAAACUUUUGGGUAUGCGUUUCCCAAUCGAGUUGAAAAUGCGAAUACUUUACCUUCAAGACAGCGCAACCAUGUAUCACAGCUCAGCCGAAAUUCAUCGUUUACAGAAAGUGAUAUUGGAUACACUCAACACCAACAACAAUAUCAGAAUCAUAACUUAUCAUUUCCUGGAGUAUAUCCUACUUCAUACACGCCUGAUGGGCGAUACCAGCCCAGACAGAUGGCCCCAAUUAACAACCCUUUCAUGACACCACCGCCUCCCAAUUUGGGUGCACCCUUAUCUGUUCACGUUCCUCCGAUUUCACCUUACCAGAACCCAAUGGCAUACCAAAACCCGAUGAUGAUGAACCAAAUGCAGAUGUAUUAUCACUGGCAGCUCCAGAUGCAAUGCUACAUGAACUAUUUACAAAUGGCUAGGAGGAGUAAAGGAUCUUCGCCUAGACGAACGACUAGGUUUGGAUCUAUGAGUGAAGCAACAUCAGUUAACAAUGACGACAUCUUAGAUGACAAUGAAAACGAAGACGAUGAGGCGAAAGAUGAACUAGCAGAAGACAGACAGACGCCAGAAAUGUACGCAUCAGUCCACUCAGUAGCAAAGUUUUCGGCCAAUGGACGGUUUCUUUUCACUGAUAACAUUAAUGCAUCAAGAGCUCAAAUGUUUCAAACAUCACGCGUAAUUCCUGUACCCAAGUCAGUAGAGAAGUUUCCAGGUCCUUUCAGCCGAGAUCGGUCGAUGAAAUCAGACGUGAAGUCCUAUUUGAAUCAUCGUUUAGCCAAUGCAGAGAAUGGCAUCUCUAAAGACUUAAUAGUAUUAAUCAAGUACUUGCUUCUGUUAAUUGAAAGUAACGGUGCUGUAAGUGGUUCGUCAGUUGCUAGAAUCCUAUUGGACGACGACUUAAAUGAUAUUUCAGACGACGAAGAUUUAACCGAUUUUGAUAUCUUGGACGCAAUUGAGCCAAAUGACAACAGAUGUUUGAUAAACAGCUGCGAAUCAUUGACGACAGAAACUGAUCAUUCGAACAUGGUUCGCUACGCGAUGCUGGGCGAUGAAAACAAGCUGUUACAGUAUACAAGCGAGCAUAAUUUGUGGGGAUUCGCUUUAAGAUUUUCGGUGCUUGGAAAUAGCUCCCCAAUGCAACGCAUGAUCGUGGAGUCAUUCGACAAAACAUGCAUUCAAGGAGUGACAAAUCCUCUUCAGACUUUCAUCCUUCUGAAAGAAAAACGAACCUUUUCUCCAGAGUUUCUGAAAGAUUGCUGGAAAAACUGGGAGCAACACGUUGCCAUAAUGCUGUCAAAUCAGACGUCAGAUGAUGAUUACAACCAGCAUUGCUUUGCAAUACUUGGGAACGCUUUAGAAGCGAACGGAUUGAGCAUUGCUGCGCAGAUAUGUUACGUUCUAGCAGGUUUGCAGUUUGCUCUUCCUUGGGAGUCGGAUCCCAGAUUGAUGCUUCUGGGCACCAAUGCCAAGACAAUGUCGGCAGCCAUGAACGAUUUCGAAAGCAUCUUUCUCAGUUUGUGCUUUGAAUUCGCAGUUCACUUGAGGUACCAGGGACAAGAUGUGUGCUUUCCCUCAUUGCAAAAUUUCAAGUUCUUGAUCGCGAAACAGUAUGUAGAAUUUGGUUUACAUCUGAAAUCUUUUGAGUUUUGUGAAGACAUAUCAAAGGAGAUUUUGAGAAAUCCAGUCCAUUUCACGACACAUUUCAUCAAAGAGGUUGUCGAACUUUGCAAUUUUUUGAAGUCUUCUGUCGAAAACGAAGUGCCGAAUUUCGAAUUCGUGUCUCACCUUGAAGCGCUGACUAUCCCCAUUCCAAGAUGUAGAGACACUUUUCCGUCUAUAACCGAAGAAAUUGGUUACCAAGUGGACGUUGCUGGUCAAAGUGCGAAUACCGGAUCUUUGAUAGGCUCUCAGAGGCUAGAUGACAAUUUCUUGUUCGAACAGCAUGGGCGAAAUUUCAGUUACGAGCAGGCUGUAGGAUAUAAUAGUAGUGCCACUACUGAAACUGGCAUGUUUUCAAAGUCAAGUACCCUGGAACAACCAGUAGAAGUUUAUGAUACAAAUAUGCCAUCAGUUGGUCUUGAAACCUCGAUUCCAGUGAGCGUUCAGUUACCCAAUGCGGAAAUUGAGAACAGAGAAGCUGCUGGCUCAGAUCUGGGAUCGCCCAAUGUUUUUGCAGACAGCACAGCCGAUUUGAAUUACUUGAAAAUGGCUUCAACAGAUAGCUCUCAUUUUUAUAGUGCUCAACGUUUCACGAAUGGUGGUGGUGCCAACAAUAGAUCCACUGUUGCAUUCGACAUGCCAAGUAGUACUGCUAAUCUAGGUGAAACGAGAAGUACGUUUGACCCGAGUGUCACAGAACAAGAUUAUCGAAAGAAGUAUCAAAACAUUCAGCAGACACCGAAGCUCAAAGUUCAGCCAUAUUUUUCAGGAUCGUCAAACAGCGUGAACAGUGUAGGUUCCCCAUUCAGAAAGCGUGAAAACCUAUUCCGUGAAUCGAUAGGAUCUGAGGCAAGUGAAAUCAUUGGCAUUGUAGAAGGUGGCGGAAACGUAAAUCGAAUGAACGCUGGUCCAUACACAGCCGAGAGAAUCCGCAGAACAUCAGAACGCCCUACAAGUGCUAGCUCUGAAAUGUCCACGAUGUCGUUGAAGUAUACGACUCUGAUUCGAGAAGCUGAUGAGCAAAAUGAUGAUGAUAACCGAGCGACUCCGACGAACGAGAUGAACAAAACAUCAUCAAGUGACCCGGCUCCAUCCGCAGCAAAAGUUGCACCUGCAGUCCGAAAACCAUCCUGGCUCCUACUAGGAAUGAAAAAUGUCACCAAACGAAUCGUUGACCGCAUUUUGCCAUUGCCAAAUCAAAUGCAUCUGCCUGAAGAUAACAGCACGGAUUUCUAUUUUGACAAGGAUUUGGGGAAAUGGGUGGAUAAAACGAAAGAUAGCAAAGAAGAAGAGUUACCGCCCCCGCCUCCUAUGGCUGCGAUGCCUCAGCCACCAAGUAAUGACAAAACAAUUCCAUCAACAGGAAGCGCCGCCACAUACGAAUCAGCGAAAACGCAGCAGAAUUUUAAUGGCUAUGAUGCAAACACCUCUGCUCCUAUUUCGAAUACUGGAGUUGCUAUGAUGCCACCAGUAGCUCCUGGAAACCCAUUUUCCAGAGGAAAAGGACUGGCUAAAUCGAAGUACGUAGAUGUAUUAGCAUCUUCAAACCAGGUUAACACACGUGUCAAUCAAGUGCCAGUGCCUUCAUUUAUGCCACCGAGUACAUUCCCGCCGAUGACGUUCUCGAGCGAGGCUCCCCCAUUUCCCAUGCCGCAACCAGAUGAUGACCCUGGCUAUAACUCAACGCAGCCCAAUAGUCAGCCUACACCUGUCCAUUGAGAUUAAAUUGAUAUUCGAAGAAAUUUUGAGUGUUUGCAGCUUUAUUGUCUUGUGAAAUGGGUUCUGUGUAUCGGAUCUUUUCAACGAAUGCCAGGAAUGCUGAGAUCGGACGCAAUAAAAGAGUGGUGGAGGAAGCUGUAGGAAUUAAGGAGAAUCAAAUGUCGCAAUUGUACAUACUAAUCGGUUGGUGGUUGACCUAGAUUAACGUGACUCAUUUAUGUUUAAUUCAAUUAAAUCGUAUUAUCAGGUGCUAAAGUGUGUAUAGAUUCUGAAGUGAGCUUAAUGUCAAAAAUAUUUAAUUCAU